CCAACUUUGCACGAGACCAUGCCCAAAAAGAAGGAUAAGAAAACCAGCGAACAAGACGAGGACAAUAAAACACGAAAAAAGGAAAGCAGAGUGGCUUCUGUGGAUAAAACUGCGUCUGACGACAAAGAGAAGAGGUUAUACUUAACACAGAUUCGAUAUUUGAAUGAGCAACUAGAAAGAUAUCAGCUGAAAUGUGAUGAGCUGGAGAGGCAGAAGAAGGACUUCUCCUCUCAGUACAAUGUCCUGGAGGAGAAGAGGGACAUUGUUGAAUAUCUGAAGUGUUCCCUGCUGGAGAAAGAGGAGGAGGUGAACAUGCUGCAUGAGCACCUGGAGAAUGAGCGACAGACGGCUCAAAAAGAGCAAGACACUUUGCAGCAGCAGCACCGCCUGCUGAUACAAGAGCUACACCACAGGAAUGAUGAGCUGGCUGCAGAGAACAUGACACUGGUGCAGAAGCUGGAUGCUCUGGAGGAGUUUCAGAAGCAGAGGGAGCAGCUCGUGUCUAAAAUGGAGUCUCUGAAGAACCAGGUGGCCAGUCAAGAGCAGGAGCACAAAGCUGCCAUCCACAGUCUGGAGAUGAAAGCACUGCUAGAAAGGAACAGAUUAGAGAAGGAGAUGCAGAGCCAGGCCGCAUCCAUGGCAGCUGAGGUGCAGCACCUGGUGGAGCAGAAUCUUCCAGAGGCAACUAGGUUGGCCAUAGAGGAGAACAAGGAGGUGAGGAGCCGCUGUAGCCAGCUGUCGGACCAUGCUUGUGGCUUGCUGAAGGUGAACACAGCCCUGCAGACUCGCAAGACUAAGCUCAGACUGGAUGUGGACAUCCUGGAGCAAAUGGUCAGCGACAUAUCCCGGAAGAGCUGCAUCCAGAAAAAAUUGGUGGAGCAGCUAACAGAGAAAUGUGAGCAGCUGGAGACAGAACUGAGAGACUGCAGAGAGGAACACCGGCAGCUUCAGACCAAACACUCACACGUCCUGACUGAGAUCGACCAACUCAGAGAAGACAAGACCUCUAUUUCUAAACAGUGCAAGAAAAACAAAACUGACUUGAGCCAGCUGGAGGUGGAGCUACAGAACGAGAGAAGGAGGAGAAGAUGAAGAGCAUCAGGCAGGAAGCGGUCAUCAUUUCCAAGCAGACUGUGAACCCUCCACAGCCUCCACGUCGGCCUGUGACUGUGAAUACAUUCAAUUCAUGUCUCUGUAAUACAAUACACUGACAGCAGAACUCUAUUCUCAAUAAUAUUAGGAUACUUUUGGGGAAUUUUUGAGUAUUUUAAAGUAGAAAUUCCGCAUAUUGCUCCUGUAAAAACACUCUAGUCGCUUUCAUUUUAUUUUGAGCAUUUAAUAAUGGUUCUGGUCCAUCUUUAAAUUAUUGUCAUACUUGCAGACACAGUGGGAGACA